AUGGACUCGCGCCCCGAAGAGUACGAGCUCAAUGGCGACCUGCGCCCGAGCUCGCCCGGAUCCCCAGACGCCUCGCCUAGCCGCUGGGGCAGGAACCGGCCCAUCAACAUGAACCAUUAUGCCAACAAGAAGAGCGCAGCCGAGAGCAUGCUGGACAUCGCACUGCUGAUGGCCAACGCCUCCCAGCUGAAGGCCGUCAUUGAGCAGGGCACUGGCUUCGCCUUCUUCAUCCCCCUGGUGGUCCUCAUCUCCAUCUCCCUCGCGCUGCAGAUUGGCGUGGGCGUGCUGCUCAUCUUCCUCGUUAGGUAUGACCUCAACAACCCUGCCAAGCAUGCCAAGCUGGACUUCCUCAACAACCUGGCCACUGGUCUGGUCUUCAUCAUCGUCGUGGUCAACAUCUUCAUCACUGCCUUUGGUGUCCAGAAGCCCACCAUGGACAUGGCGCCCCAGCAGUAG